AUAUUUUUCUAUUUCAGAGGGGUUUAAGGAAGCUGCUGAAAAGUUUCGGAUGGAGUCUGGAAUUGAGCCCAGUGUUGAUCUAGAAACACUAGAUGAACGAAUCAAAAUACGAGAGAUGAUAUUGAAAGGUCAGAUUCAGGAAGCUAUUGCAUUGAUAAAUAGCCUACAUCCAGAGCUCUUAGACACAAAUCGGUAUCUUUAUUUUCAUUUACAGCAACAACAUUUGAUUGAACUGAUUCGGCAGCGUGAAACAGAAGCAGCCUUGGAAUUUGCACAGACACAGUUAGCAGAACAAGGAGAAGAAAGUAGAGAAUGCCUGACAGAAAUGGAACGCACUUUGGCUUUGCUUGCCUUUGAUAAUCCUGAAGAAUCACCCUUUGGAGAUUUGCUUAAUAUG